AUGUGCGAGCAGAAAGUCAGAAACUGGGGCUUACCUCACUUCGGCUACGCGUACGCCACGUACCGUGCCGUGUGCGCCCGCAACGGCGUCUACAGCUCCGUGGCCUGCGGCGUCGUCGACUUCAACGAGCAGCUCACGGAGCCCAUCUACAGCAGCAUCUCCGUGGCCUGGAACGAGGUGUUCAGCUCUCAGCUUGGUGAGUCCAUCGAGCAGUUCAGCAAGGCUGUUCUGGAUAGACUGAACCAGUUCUUCGAGGAGCUCAAGAACAAGCUCCCUGCCCAGGGCAGAGACUCGCACCCAGUGAACCUCAUACAGCAGCAGCAGAUGGAAGCGGCUCAGGCUUUGCUGCGUAACUUCAUUCUUAACGAGGUAGAGUACAUCGGUAAAAGGCAGCGUGGCAUUUCUCGGAUCCUGACACCAGAAGUCCAGGCUCACAUGAAACCCAUAUACGCAGCCUGCAACCAGCUGAAUGGUCCAGGUUCUUUCCAGAGAAUGAAAGACCUCAUGCAGGAUUACAUCCACGAGCACAAGCAGAGCAUGUUCAGCACAGCCACGUACAAACUACAGCAACAGCUAGAGCUGCUGAAGCAAUACAUCUGUGGCACUUUUGAGUGCGUGGUGCAGGAUCUGAAUAAAACGCUGGCUAGGCAAUUUGAGCCCAUGCUGAAGACUGUCCAGAAAAAUGACAGCGUCAUUCCAGAUUUAGUGAGCAUCUGCGGCAAGGUGCAGCAGCUCUGCAAGCUCUCCUGCGUGGACUACGUGCUGCCCAGCCCAGGGCACAUCGGAGCCGGCGCCGAGGACGCGUGGGAGAGCGCGGAGCCGCCGGAUUUCGUGGGAAGGUGCCGAGUUGUCCGCGUGGGGCCCUGGCACCUGGCGCACGUCGCCUCCGUGCAGAUAUCCGUGCAGGAAACCACCAUCCACUUCGGAGGGAACAUGAGCCUGACGGUGCCGUUCAGCAGCGUCUACCUGUGCGAGUGCUGCUUCCACCUGUACUACCUGAACCUGCACGUGUCUCCCGAGGGGACCAGGGACAUUUACUCCAGAUGGGGACCGCAGGCAGCCCCAGCAAACCUAGAUAGUGUGGAAGUCCUCGUUGUCCUGGAGACGCCGGAGGUGCCGGGGUCCUUCCGCAGGCUGCUGGAAUUCAUCUCGGAGCGGCGCUCGGGCACGGCCUGGUUCCGCGAGCUGGGCCUGCAGCAGGGCCGGGAGAAGCUGGAGUCCCUGCAGGUCUAUUACACGGCCACGGAGUCCAAAUACGCUCUCGAAGAAGAACUUGCCGAGGUUCCGGCUUCUGGUUUCCCAGAGAACUUGCCCGCCGGCGGCUCCUCCGCACACCAGGCACAGGCUGGCCCCUGGCUGCAGGUGAACGGCAGGAAGAGGGGAGCAGACGUCGUGCUGGGGGCAGAGAAGAGGCUCAGGAGCGGCGCGGGAGAGCAGGGCCCCGCGGCGCAGCCCAGCGAGAGCCUCCUGCGCAGGCAGCAGAUUCCCGGCAGCCUGGAGCUCUGGGGCCGGAGCGCCACGCCGGGGGACGCCCCGGGCACGAGCACACGCAGCGCCUCGGCCUUCCCCAAGCACCGCUCCCGCGCGGCCGCCCUGCACGGACCUGCCAGCGGGUCCUUCGUGCGCUCCCCGUUCCAGCACCGCUCCCGCGCGGCCGCCCUGCACGGACCUGCCAGCGGGUCCUUCGUGCGCUCCCCGUUCCAGCACCGCUCCCGCGCGGCCGCCCUGCACGGACCUGCCAGCGGGUCCUUCGCGGAGGUGAAGCGGGAGCCGGAGCCUCAGCCCUUGUCCCUGCUGCAGCCGACGGAGCCCGUGUCUUUUACCCCAUCCGCUCUGCUCAAAGUGGAAACCUGUGAAAACCAGGGCCAAAACGCACCAGAUCUCCCCGGCGCCCCCAGGAGCGCCCGCGUGUUCCCGUGA